AUGUCACGCUCUUAUUGCAACACGAUUCACCUCCCAUUUGGUAUGAAGAACCAGCCUCCGCGGCCCUCCGUUAAGCGUCCGUACAAGUCGGCCGCAGCUCUGGUCGUCGUUACCGCCAACGGUCUCGGGUCUGUUGCGGCUCCCAAGGCUGGCUUGCGUACUGUUGUUGAAGUAGACGAGUCCGAUGUCGAGGCGUCCGUGGAGGAGUCAGUCGUGGAGGAGGACUUCCUAGCGGACCUCGACGGCGACUCCAUCACCACAGCCCACGACGCCGAGGCCGUUGUCCCCUUCUCCCACAUCCUCACCCCGCAGAAGAAGAAGAGGAAGAUCACCACCACUCUCACCGCUGUGCCCGCCACCCCUACGGUCUACAAGCCCGUCAAGACCUCCGUGCCCGCCGCUCACCAGCCCGUCAACACCUCUCUGCCCGUGGACACCUUCGCCACCGUCACCGCAGAGCCCACCUUCCUGCACUGGUUCCACGACCCCUCUUCCAUUACCCUCCCCUCCCUCCAGGCUAACUCCUUCCACUACGUCAAAUCCCACCGCGGGGUUUUUGUCGUGGUGGCAGGAGGCGGACUUGAAAUCCAAGGCCCAGGCACGGGUAAGAAGACUGUCGGCAACAAGAAGAAGACUAUCGGCAACAACAAGAAGAAGAAGACUGUCCUGUUUCGUUCUACUUCGGUUCGUUCUACCGAGGAGGAGGAUGCUGGCGAUGAGUGGCAUGGGAUGGAAAGAAAGGGAUACGAUCUACAACGCCCCACCGUCGCCGAGCUCACCCUGCAAGCCAAAGAAGCGCUGGACGUGGCGCACGACGCGCGGCGCGGUUCGCGCUGCUAG